AUGUCGGAUCCUCUCACUUCGCCACUUGAAAUGCGCCAGAGAAAUGAUAUCUGGGCUUACGGUCAACUACUAUCGGCAAUGGUGGGGCUUAAUAACCACUAUCGAGAGAAGAAGUUGAUGAAAAGUGUUGCAGCGGCUGCGACAACAAAAGAUCCUGAAUCGCGACCGGGUCUACCUUGCAUCAUUUCAAAACUCAACGUACUCAACGGAGGCUAA